UACGAAAAAUGUGUCCAAGUGAAACACAACAACAAAGUGCCAAAUCUAUGCACAAGACUGACGGAGACAACAAAACAUAAAUCGAAUUUUAACGGUAAAUCGAAUCUGAGAAUCGACAUUGUGUGUGUUUGGUGUGCGAGAGAAAAAAAUUGCAUAUUCAUUAUGUCAGAGGAAGUGAACAGUAAACGACGCAAAAUGGAGAGCAAGAAUUAUUACAAAAAUCAGAAAAAGUCGAAAUCUAUGAUGGAGCCGGGUCAAGUCGGGUUUUUGGCCACUUGUAAUUUUCGUGAAAAGGAAUGUGUUCGCGAAGCUUACAAUUUGUUGAACGAAUACGCUGACCAAGAACAAGUGCAAGAACAAAAUGAGGCGGCCAUUGCAUGUGAAAAAUCACCAACGAAAGAUACACCCGGCAGCAGCGAUACAGUUGUCGGUGCAAAGGUACAUGACGACAAUGACGAUGAUGAUGAUGACGAAGAAGAGGAUAUUGCGACAACAUUGGAAAAGCAAAUCAAAACGAUGACCAAAGCGAAAAAAUUCGAUCAUUCACGUUUCCAACAGAUUGAUUCCAAGAUGCCCAAUUGCAUUUUCAUAAAAACAAACGUCAAAGAUCCAAAUGAGCUCGGUGUUCGUCUGGUGCGUGACAUUGCUGCAACGAAAACACAAAAGACACGUUAUUUACUUCGUUUGUGGCCUGUGGAUGCAAUUUGCCGUGCAAAUAAUCAAGACAUCUUGAACGCCGCCGGUCGAUUGUUUGACAAAGUUCUUCUCAAAAGUGAACCGACCACGUAUUCGGUUGUGGUCAAUAAACGACACAACACCACUUUCGACCGAAUGAAAAUCAUUCAAGAAAUUGCCGAACUGAUUGACUUCAAGUGUCCAGCACACAAAGUUGACUUGAAAAAUCCGAAAAUUACGAUUGCAAUUGAAAUCAUGAAAGGAUUGUGUUGCAUUAGUUUGCUACCCGACUACUUCAAAUUGAAAAAGUACAACGUCUACGAAUUGGCACAACCGGAAAAACCAGCCGAAGAAAAGACAGUCGAGGAAAAACCAAUCGAGGAAAAGCCGGCCGAGGAAAAACCAAUCGAGGAAAAGCCGGCCGAAGAAAAACCAACCGAGGAAAAGCCAUCUGAAGAAAAACCAAUCGAGGAAGAGGCCAAAGGAUCACUUGUCGAGGUUAAAGGCGAAGAAAAGCAAACUGAAUGAUCACUGGCCGAUGAAAACUCAAUCGAAGAAUAAAUAAUAUUUUAUCCAUAAGUUUCAUGAAGUUUGAAUAAGCAAAAGUGAUUUUUGUUAUUCAAUCUCAAAAUUUAAAAAUUUAAGAAACAUUUAUUUACAAAAUAAAAGGAUGGAUAGUCAAAUUCCGGUUGACUUCAAAUUUCAAAAAAUCUA